AUGGUGAUUAUCUGUAGGACGACUCAUCUCAUUCUGCUCAUCACCACAUCAAUCAUGAAAUCCACCAGAAACCACCCCAAUAUCAUCAUUACAGGAACGCCUGGAUGUGGCAAAACAUCGCACGCUGAAAGUUUGGUUUCACAACUCAAGGGCCCAUACACCCAUCUCAACGUGAGCGACUUGGCCAAAGAGAGAAAAUGCUUGGAAAGUUACGACGAUGAGUUGGACACACACGUGGUGGACGAAGACAAGCUUUUGGACUCUCUUGAGAUCGACUUGAGAGAAGGCGGUGCUGUUGUUGACUGGCACUGCUGCGACAUUUUCCCGGAAAGAUUGAUUGACUUGGUUGUGGUGCUCAAGACAGACACAGACAAGUUAUUUGAUAGAUUGAGCAAGAGGGGCUACAAGGACAACAAGAUCCAGGAAAACUUGGACUGUGAAAUCAUGGAAGUCAUUUGGCAAGACGCUGCCGGUGCAUACAUUCCAGAAAUUGUCAUUCCGUUGGCCUCUAACAGCGUAGAGGAUAUGGAGGAAAAUGUCGAUAGAAUAGCGGCAUGGAUCGAGAACUGGGUCAACGACCACCCAGAUGGUGUGACAAACGAAAUAGAUCCAGAGGUAUUGGCUGCGCACCAGGCACAGCAAGAAGACGAUGACGAAACGGACGAGUGA